AUGGAGAAAACAUCCCGGGAGGUUCGCGAAGAAGUCCAGGACAGGGAACAUGUCGCUCCCGGUCUCAGCGCAGUAGAUGGAACAGAGCAGGACAAUUCCAGAGCAGAGUUCCAAAACGCCACACAGAAUGUGGACAAAAUGGUUAAUUCGUUUCUCUCGGCUCAAGAUCUUAGGAACUGUGAUUGGGAGCAACUCCAAGAGAUGUUUUCUGCGGCUAUGGAGGAACAUGCCCGAGUUGAACGAGAUUUACAAGAGCAAACAAAACAGCUGCUUAAGAUCUUUGUAACAUGGUCACAAGUUCCAGUCUCCCGUGAUGAAGACAGGUCCUUUAAGAGAUUCAAAACCCGCAUGCAACAUGUGCAGAACUCUGAACUGCAGCUUGAGGAGAAGAGAAGACACUAUGUUAAUGUUGUCAAAGCUUUCGAAAGUGCUCUGGCGUUGCUGAAGCCCGCCUCCCAACAGCAGCUUAUCAAACGAUAUCGACGACCUCACCCGGGCUUCGAUGUACUCCCACCUAAACAGCCUCGUCACGUCGUCGCAGGAGAAGAUGAUAUAUCCCGUCAAGUUGUGAAUAUGGAUGAUGAACCGACGGAAGCAGACAGAAAGCUUCUUGAAAGAUUAAAUGCACUUAAACCAUCUAGCGUGCAGCUAGACCGUCGAAAGAAGCCUGUUGACUUUGCUUCUCAGUACUCUACACCGUUAGGUGUCUCAGAUCUAAAUACGCAGUUUCGAAAUUUUCGAUUACAUUCGGGUGUUGGUUGCGAACAUGACACACCACCAGGAUCCUUGUUCGAGAAUGGAGAUGCCAUUGAGGAUCUACUCUCAAGUCUAGACUACCGUGACAGUUUACCCGAGACAUCAGGGAUUGAUGACGCUGCUUCAUGGGGAUUUCUAAGCGAUGCAAGUAGAACCGUGAAUUGUCCGGAAGCGGCCGAGGUUGGACUAGGUCGAGGAUCUGCUGACAGUCAGUUCCUGCCUACACCAGAUCAGGGUGACUUCAACUACGAAGCAGCGAGCAACGAAGAAUCUGAUGAUGGGAAAGCGGCAAAGUAUGUUGAGAAUCUUCUCAAACAGAUUGACAUGGAGGACCGUCACAAAUCCCCACUGUCGUCCACAUCGCAGGAAACGAAGGCUUCUCUCAAACGCAACUUCUCUUUUAGCAAAACAUCCAGGUCAACCCCUGAAGCGGACUCACUCGGGUCCCCUCAUGAUGACAACCCGGGACGAACCUCGGCGUCGUCCACGCGUCAAUGCCAGCGAAGUGAUGAUGGUGAUGAUGAUCUAUCUACUCGUUUCGUUGCUCUCGAUCUCCCAUCUGUUCCUGCAGAGCUUCCUGGGACGAAGAAGACACUGCGGACCACUGGAGAUGACAAAGCACCUGAUUGUUGUUGUAUAUGCUAUGAUAAUGCCACUACUAAGUGCCUGGACUGUGAUGGUGCCCAGCUGUUCUGUGUUCGCUGCUGGUGGGAGAUGCACAUGGACGAAAGCACCGACAACCCCGAGCGACAGCAUAGGGCUAUCAAAUAUGAGGCAAGUGUCUAA